CCUCCCAAAGUUUCUACAAAGACAGGGGUGUUAGCUUGGGGGAGAUUCAAGAAAAAGCCAAAUUGAAAGAGAGGGAGAGAGAAUAUUAAAGCAAGAAGGGAAAGCUAAUCUUUUGUAUGUUUGUUUCUUUUGAGAGGGGAAAUGAAUAGAGGAAAUGUGUUGCAAAGUUCACCGGUGCAACAAAUGCUGGCCGGCGGCCCGAACAGCUGGUGGAGCAUGAUGGGCAGCAGCAGACCUUCUCCACCACCACCUCCUCCUCAGUCUCCUUUCUUUGCCACCUCGGCACAACCCCACUUCUUUCCUCAUCAAUAUGCACCAGCGCCACCACCUUCACUAUCUCCAUGGCAUGAUAAUCAAGAUUUUCCAGAUUCAUUAAGCCAAUUACUCAUGGGUGGAUUGGUGGGUGAAGAUGAUAAAUCAGCUUUGAGCCAUAUGCAACAAGUCAAGAAAUUGGAGAAUUGGGAAGAGCAGCUACUACAUCAUCAUCAUCAUCAGCAGCAGCAGCAGCAGCAGCAUCACAGCUCUCCAAAUGUUAAUUCCAUGGUAGAAUCUGCAGUGAAGCAAGAAAAUUCACUUAAUUAUGGAUCAUCUUAUGGCCAUGGCAACGCUGAUUUUCAUGGUGUAAAAUCAAACAAUUGGUCUAAUCCAAUGAUCCCAGUUUCUUCUCCCAAUUCUUGUAUCUCAAGUUUAAGCAACAAUAUGCUUGAUUUCUCUACCACCAUUAGUAACAAGGCAGAUGGGAGACAUCCUCCACCGGAUCGCUCAUCUGAGUGCAACAGCACUGCUACUGGUGGGGCAUCCAAGAAGGCUAAAAUUCAACCUUCUUCAAACCAAUCUACCUUCAAGGUGCGGAAAGAAAAAUUAGGGGACAGAAUAACAGCACUUCAUCAGCUUGUUUCUCCAUUUGGAAAGACUGACACAGCUUCUGUGCUGUUAGAAGCUAUUGGUUACAUAAGAUUCCUUCAGAGUCAAAUUGAGGCCCUCAGCUUACCAUACCUGGGUAGUGGAUCUGGAAACAUGAGACAUCCUCAACACUCUGUUCAACAAGGAGAGAGAAAUUGUUUAUUUCCUGAAGACCCUGGUCAGCUUCUGAACGAUAGCUGCAUGAAGUUAAAAGGAUCUGUUCUUGACCAGGAUUCUCAUGAAGAACCAAAGAUUAAGGAUUUGAGGAGUAGAGGAUUGUGUCUAGUUCCAGUUUCAUGCACAAUGCAAGUAGGGAGUGACAACGGAGCAGAUUAUUGGGCUCCUGCGCUAAAUGGAGGGUUCCGAUGAACGGAUCAAAGGUUUAGGUCUAACUAAAUUUCACGGGGCCAGCGUACGUUGAAUUGAAGAAGAUCGAUCGAUCAAGAGAUGAGAUAAUAUCAUGAGCAGUCACUCUGCUUAAAAUAUUUCCAAGGCUGAUUGCUCAUGAUGCUAUGCAUGUUCUUGGUGACUAAAAAAACAAAACUUAUGGUUAAGGAUUUGGAUUAUCAAUAGUCUUCAACUAUCUAGCUAAUUAAAUUUUAUGCACUUAUCGUUUUCUUUCCACUUCUUUGAAUAUGUUCAUCAGCUAGUACGUACGUAUCA